AUGAGGAUCCGGAUCAUCGUCGUCAAACCUGAGAUGUAUUCUCAUUAUCCUCGUGUCUCGUUUCGUUGUGAAUUGUUUUAUUGGCGGCAAUGGACGAAUAUGUCCCUUGAUGACCUUAUUUUCGGUAAAAUUAUCCACGGUAUAUUUCGAUCCUUCUUUCGCCUUCACAAUUCCGGAACAUCAAUUUUGGUGGGCAUUUCCAGCACUGAUCUCUUUUAUUGCCUAAGGAGGAAGAGGAGGAGGGUAGCUUUUUACGUUACAUAUUUUUUUUUUAUCUUUUUCGUCUGUCUUUAUUUUUUAUUUGUUUUACUCUCGAUUUUUCGUUAUCUUUUCUUUAUAAUUUUUGACUCCUUUUUUAUUUAUUUCUUUAUUUGUUCAUUGUUUUUCUUUGUUGCAAUUGUUCCUUUCUUUCUUUGUUCAUUUUUUUACACGUUCCCCAAUUUUGUUUCUAUUUAUUUUUUUUAUUUUUUUCUCUCUCUUAUUUUCUUUUUUAAUUCUCUCUCUUUUUCUUUUACUUCUUGUUCUUUCCUUUUUAAUUCUAUCCCUCUUUCUUUUACUUAUUUUAUUUUUAAUUCUUUCUUUCUUUCUUUCUUUUAUUUAUUCUUCUUUUCUUUUUUAAUUUUUUCUCUUUCUUUUUUUACUUACUCCCUUUUUCUUUUUUAA